CAUACAUACAUACAUACAUACACACACACAAACUUACACACACUCUUACAUACAUACAUACAUACAUACACAUACCCACACACACACGCACGCACACUCACAUGCGCGCAGGUGGAGGCGAUUUUGCAUACGCGCGCGUUGCACUGCCCCACACGAGCGCCGUCUGGAGACGCCUCAGCGAUGGAGAACAAGCAUACGCCAACCGCGGCCAUCUGCACAUUGGAAGCUCCGUUCUGCUGCCGCAACCCUUCUCGAGCCCCUCGUGUCGUGUUGAUCGCCAGACCAGUGGCGUGCCGCGCCCCAUGAAGUCGACGGCCGUGCAGCACAUCGCCCCGCGACCAGGACGUGCCAGCACGCACAAGAAUCAGACGACAAAGCAGCCAAACUUCAUGUCCCGCUCCCAGCCCGUCACAGCAUCGCCAGUGGCUCGGGAUGGCGAUGGCGGCAGCAUGCUGGAUCUCCACUACCAUCUCUACGGCAAAAGCUCGUACCAAUCCCAGUUCAGCAGGCCCAAGUACACGCAGCACCGCACGCUGCGCCCCAACCGCCACUCCAUGCCGGCACUGCGCGAGGAUCGCACAUCCGUGGCAGACGAGGAUGACAUGUGGACGACAGCACCUGGUGCCGCCCUGCCCGAGCACGCGAGCACACCAGCGUCCCCGCUCGACCGCAGCAGCAGCGGUGGCAGCGUGACGCGCUACUCGCUUGGCGACUGUGAUGUGACUGCUGGGCAUGAUGAUGAAGAUGACGAUGAUGACGAUGAUGACGAUGAUGAUGAGAGCACGCUGGGCGUGACGGGCAUUCCUCGCCAGGCGGACAACGGCAAACUCCACGCAACACGCAAGACCAUCAACCGCAUGUUUGCGGCCGCGCGCUUCCCGCCAAUCACAGCACAACCCCGCGCGUUCACCCGGUCUCUUUCGGAGGAAAACGUGCGGCUGACGCGCACGCGACCAAAGCAGCAGGCCACGAGCAUCACUCCAACACGAACAGCGACCACGCACGCGCCGUUCCCGCGUCCAUAUCGCCAGGCGCCGGACGGCGGGCGCAUCGAACCGCCACCCAAGCAGGCCAUGUUGCGCAACAUCCUAGGCGCCCACCCAACGCCAAAGGCCAACACGGGCCGCAGCUUGUACCGGUACGACUACCGACGUCAUACCAUUGGUGGCCUGCGCCACACGCGCCGCCCCACGGACCAGCUCGCUCCUCGCUGGAACUGA